AUGUCGAGCAUAGCCGCAGCCAUGGGGCAGCUGCCGCGUUUUGAUGACCGUGCACCGGACCCUAAAGUGUGGAUUAGUCAGGCUACACGUGCCAUACGGUGUUUCCUAUCCGCCGUAACCGAGGAUCAGCAGUUGGAUUACCUCCUUAUGCACCUAACGGAAUCUGCUUACGUGUGGGCAGAGAGUAAGGAGUUCACGACUGUGGCAGGCUUUGACAAGGCGUUUCGUGAGCGCUUUAUUUGGGAGUCAACCGCGAAUGUCAUGCAGCGGCUGACGGGGCUGAAGCAGAAACCGGGUCAGACAGUGAUGGAAUUGGCGGAUGAAGUGAGGCAGUUGGCGGCCUACGUCCCCAACUACCCGGUGGCUAUGUCGGUGAGACAUUUCAUUGAGGGCCUGGGGGAUAAGAGCUUGAGGGAGAAAGUGUUGGGUGGGAGGCCAGUCUCCCUGGAGGCAGCCGAGGAAGCUGCUAAAUAUUUUGUGUCCUAUUCGCUACCUAUGGGGAUAGAGCCGGUGCCGGAAGCUGCUAAGGAAAAGGGCCCGGGGAAUAAGGAAUCCGAGGUGGAUAAGAUCACCAAGCAGCUGGAGAAGCUGAGCAUCUCGUGCGGCAAACCACGCAGUGGUAUGCUGUCAAUCAGGUGCACGAUCUGGUGCACCUUUGGGAUGUUCCAGUCCGACGUCUGGUCAAGGAAAGCGGCCUUGAUGGCGUCCACCAUCCUGCAUGUACACAUGGGAAGCAUGCUCAGGCCGGAAAGACCACCUAUCUCCAUCAUCACCCCCAUGCCCCCCUACAAUGCCGCAUACUGGAGGCCGCCCUCAACGCAUCAACAACGAGGAGGGUACGUACUGCACUGCCAUCCCUCGGACGUCGUCCAGUGA